AACAAAUUGUUUAAUUUGACAUUGUCACUAAAAAUGAGUAAAAUGUCCAGAAAAGAUAAAAAUUAGUAAGAAAAACUUAAAAAUAAACCAUAUCUGGUAAAUACUAAUUUAUCUAAAUAACCAUAAAAACAAAAUAAUACUAUGAGUAUUGUACAAAAGUUUGUCCCCAAGGUAGACACAGUCUUUUUAAAGGUCUUUCCAGAUAAUCACCCUCUUUCAGUAGAAGAACAAAUAUUUUAUUUAACUCUAACAGAGGGUAUUUUUGGAUAUAAUGAACAAGUAAGAAACGAAAAUCUUAAGAUUCUCGCCACAGAUUACAAUAUAAAUUCAUUGCUACCCUAUCUCAGUAUUUUUAUUAAACAAGCGAUUCAUGUAAAUAUAGCUCAUCCAGAUUUGACUUUGCUCAUUUAUUCUGUAAGAAUGGUAAAAAGUUUAUUGAAUAACCAAUAUUUGAACAUUGUUGAGCAUUUGCAUGAUCUCAUCCCUGCCGUACUUUCCUGCGUUCUUGCUAGGAGAAUAAGCAAAUGUUAUUACGACAAUCAUUGGACCCUUCGAGAUUUUUCAGUUUUUGUUAUAUCUGCUAUCUGUGAAAAGUACAACAAUCGUUUGAAUAAUAUAACGAACAGAGUUAUUGGUAUUUACCUUCGACCUUUAAAGGCAUAUAGUAUGAACCCGUUAACGACAAUAUACGGAGCGAUCAAAGGGUUAGGAUGUUUAGGAGAAGAAGUAGUGAAAACAUUCCUAUUUCCUCGAAUUUCUGGUAUAGGAAAACUCCUAUUUAUCCUCUUAGAGAGACAAACUCACAACUUUUAUGUCGAAGAAUUGAAUGAUCAAAUGAUAUUGGAAGCUAAGCAUGUUAGGGAUGCUAUUCUGAAUAUUGUUGCACCUAUUUUACUUAAAACUAAAAACACUAAUGAUGGGGGCAUGCUCUAUUCACAGUAUUUUGGAUACCUUGGCAAUUUACUUUAUACAGAAGUUAAGAAUUUAGAGAAGAUUGAAUUUGAAAAGCAAAAGUCAAUAACAUACUAUUAAAAUAAUACUAAAUAUUGAAGAAAAUUAUUUAAAAUAUUCCUAUUUUAACCUGUUUAUUUUAACUGUUCAAGUCUGAAGAAUUCCUAGAAUAAAAACUAAUGUGUAUGAAUACCAAAGAAAUGUUUUAAAAUACUAUAUCAACCUAUAUGCAAGACAAAGCAAGAAAAAUAGAAUUAAGCAUUUUGUUAAUAAAUUUAAUCGUUACAGUUUAUUUAUUUAUUUACGGGUCAAAACCCAUUUUACAGAUUAGUAGGUAUAUAAAGUUCCAUAACAAAUGUAAAAUAACUGACAAUACAGCGGGUUAUAAAUUACUAAUUAAAAAAAAAAGAAAUAUAAAAUAGAAAACAAAAAAUUUAUAACAAAAUAUAAACAAAAUUAAAUAUAUCCCAGCACAAAGAUCAUCAAUGUGGACAUUCCGCUGCAGUUUGAUCUAAACAAGUUACAUACAAGUUCCUAAAGGUUUUGCUUGUUACACUUUAAAUAAGUUCCU